CAAAGGGUCCUCCGGGGAGCCGCGCUGCGCGUGACCGUGUCCUCAGCUCUCGUGCUGCUGCAGACAGGAACAGACAGACCGGCUGAGGUUGUGACAGACAGACAGACAGGCAGCCAGCCGCUGUGAAGCUGAGGAUGCGCACGGCGGGCAGCAGUAGCAGUUCGCGGUGAUCGUUGGAUCGAGAAGCGGAGCAGCGAGCAGUAGAGACGAGGAGCAGAGCGGAAACCAUGAGCUGCAACUGGGGCACCGAGCUGUGGGAUCAGUUUGAUAACCUGGAGAAACACACCAGCUGGGGCAUCGACUUCCUGGAGAGAUACACCAAGUUUAUUAAAGAGAGGGCUGACAUCGAGCUGAGCUAUGCCAAACAGAUCAGGAGUCUGUCUAAGAAAUAUCAUCCGAAGAGGAGCAGGGAGGAUGAGAACAGGUACACCUGGUGUUUGGCCUUUGCUGGGACUCUUCGUCAGCUGAAUGAACUUUCGGUUCAGAGAGAAGAACUUGCUGAAAACCUGAACUCACAGAUAGUUUGUGAGCUGACCAGAUACACACAGGAGUUAAAGAUUGAAAGGAAGACACAUUUCCAAGAUGGCCGCCGUGCCCAGCAGCAUAUCGAGAGCUCUUGGAAACAACUGGAGUCUAGUAAACGGCGGUUUGAACGUGAUUGUAAGGAGGCAGAGCGAGCUCAACACGCCUCUGACAGGAUCGACCUCGACAACAAGACGGACGGAGAGAAGCGCUGCUCAUUGAAGGCUCGUCAAACUGCUCAACAGAAAAAACAAGCUGCUGAAGAGUCCAGAAAAGACUAUGUGACCAGUUUAAACCAGUUUAACCAGGACCAGCACCAGCACUACCACACACUGGUCCCAGUUAUAUACCAGCGUAUCCAGGACAUGGAGGAGCGGCGGAUUGAGCGAAUCUGUGAAGCGAUGCGUUUAUCAGCAGAGGCCGAGAGAAAAGUUCUUCCUCAUGUCAGUCGCUGUCUGGACGCCAUGAUGGAUGCUGCAGAGAGCAUUCAGCCCCGGAUGGACACUCGGCAGGUUGUGGAGGUGUACAAAACUGGUUUCGAACCUCCAGGUGAUGUUGAGUUUGAGGACUACAGUGCCACAAUGAGGCGGAGCAUCUCUGAAUCCAGUUACCUUGACAACCGAACUGAGGGGCGAAGACACAGCAGGAAGCUGUGGCCCUUCAUACGAAAAAAUAAGCUGCUGACCCUCCUUUCCUCCCCCCGACAGCCUCCCCCUCCACCCCCAACCUCGCCUUCACCUGGGGGUGUGGCCAACAGUUCCCAGUCCCCGCCCCCUGCCUCUAGAGAACCAAUUACACAGCGGCUAAAUGAUCUCAUGACCUCUGGCUCCAGAACCAGGAAGCAGUGUCUGCGCAGCCUUAAGAGAGGGCUGUCACUCAAACUGGGUUCUGGUCCUGUGGACUGCAGUCAUCUUCCUCCUGAACAAAGAAGAAAGAAACUACAAGCCAGAAUUGAUAACAUCAACCAGGAGAUCCAGAGAGAGAGAGAACAGAGGGAUGCUCUGUUGAAGAUGAGGGAGGUGUACGAACGAAGUCCUCAGAUGGGUGACGCCAACAGUCUGGAGCCUCGACUGGAAGAAGUGAAACAGAGUCUACAAAAACUGGAGGAUGAGCUGAGAAGGAACCAGACAUGGCUGAUGGAGGCUGACAACAGACUGUCUGAUCGUGGCAGUAGAAGACAGAGUGGAGGAUGUGGCUUAAAUUCCCAGGCAACAACACCAGGCAGCAGCAGCCUGAAACAGCUGGACAACCGCAGUCCAGCCAGCAGAGAGAGUCCUGAUGGCAGCUACACUGAGGACCACAGUGCUGAGCUUCACUUUAAGUCUCGUAGUUCUGAGUUUGAUGAUGACUUUGAUGACGAUGAACCAUUACCAAGUAUUGGCACCUGCAAGUCCCUUUACCCAUUCCAAGGUCAGAAUGAAGGUACCUUGUCAAUGGUGGAGGGAGAACUACUUUCUGUGGUAGAAGAGGACAAAGGUGACGGCUGGACCAGAGUUCGAAGGAACCUGGAGGAGGAGGGAUACGUCCCUACCUCCUAUAUCAAAGUCUUCCUGGACAGCAGUGCCAAAGGCUUUGUGCAGAGUAGUCGACUAGUCUAGCACAGUAAUCGACCAGUGAGGACAUCUCGCCACAGGAAGUGAUGUAAAGGAAAGAGCUCUGAGGAAGUCUGGUAAUUGCUUUUCAUUGGACAGUUUAAUAGAUAUUUUGACCAAUCAGAUGACAGACUGCUGUCAGUAUGAAUGGAUGAAAGUUUCUUGUGGUGACCUGAUAUCAGACCGGUUUCAAAUGAUGUGAUCCAUACAGUCUGUAUUUACUGUAGAUCCAAAAUGCCACAGUUAUCAUUACUCAUCAUCAGAUCAGACUUUUUUUGAUCUUCAUUUGUGUGUAUUUGUACUGAAGAAAUUCACGGUAAUGUUUCAUGAGAAACAGUUCUACAGCAAUCAUCAUCAUCAUCAUCAUCCAGUGUUAUAAAGGAAAACAAAUCUUGAAGUUCUGGUAAAAAUUUAUUCUACUUUUCAUUUCACUUUUUUGAGCCCCAAAAUUAGGAAAUUAUAUUUUUUUGUAUUCUCUGUAUUCUGUAUUAAAUAUUUAUUUGUGUUUGAGUUUGUGCAAUUUAUCAGUUCAAGUUCUAAAAUAACCAAUUAUGAAAAUGUAAUGCUUUAAAAAUGUCAUUUGGAAAGAAAAUGUGAAAUAGUGGAGCGGACGAUCUUUCCUUCUGGCUCACAAGAGAAAUAAAAGUCUGUCAACCUCACAUCUCUCUUCAAUGAAGUCACAAUGACAUCACAAUCAGUAAACUGUGAUGUCAUUAAAGUAAGCUGUGAUAUCACUUGAAGUUGCUAUGGGGUGACUGUACAAACUGUACAAUGUUUAUAAACUGUUAAAAUUUUACAGUUUAAAACUUCAAACCUUUAAAUGUAAGGUUAAACUUAACUGUAAAGUUUAAAGUUUAAACAUUGAUGACUCAAGCUGUGUGUAAAUAUAAACUGUAGCUGCAGAGGUGUAGCACCCCCACCUCAUUAGCUGCUGACAUGAACCCCCCCACCCCUCUGGCUUGUUGAUAGAUGACCAUUUUGUUGAUUGUGAGACGUGAAACUUUUUUUACAGUGAGAUAUUGAUCAGUUAUUGAUUUUUUUGGACACUUCUGAUCACACUCUUUUUGACUUCCUGUAUGUUAUUCUUUUAAAAUAAAGUACAUUCAUUAAA